AUGAAGGUCUUGAUUUUAUUUCCUUUCUCCAUUUUUCUGUUUCCGAGUUCAACACACGGAGAGGACACAGUGUCAGAAGACAUCGGCGUCCAUCAGCUGGAGCGUUUAGUGGAGCUGCUGACGUCAAGAGAGUGCGAGGACCUGCUGUUCGCUCUCUCUCACCCGGAGGAGAAUAUUUUUGAGCACCUAGAAAACCUCUCGCCAGAAAAAAACAAACUAGACGUCAAACCUCGAGUCAAGAGAGACAUCUCCUCUACUGAGGAUAGCGAGGCUCAGUGCCGGACAGCUCUGACAGACUGGCUGCUGAGGUAUGGAGAGCAGACCUACUACGACAGGCUUUCUCGCGCCUUGCAGCACAUCGGCAGAACAGACGUCGCAAUCGAAGUGGGGAAGAACAUCAACCAGGACAAAGUUUUGAGCCUUAAACGUUUUGUUGAAGACUAUCACAAAUACGUGAGCUCUUUAAACGUCCCACCUGUACAAUCAGACACAAAGGACGGAAGGCCUGAAGGCCAGAGGGUCAAAAAGAGAACGGUGAGGGAUCUGUCAUGGCGUGACCUGGAUCUGAUUGUGGAGCGGGCUCCUGUGCCCCUGUACCAGAGAGGACCUCUGGAUGUAGCCCUGCCGCUCUUGUAUGGCCUCCUGCUGGGCUUUGGAGGAACCUUGCUGACUGGCGUCGCUAUACUUUUUACGAUUAUCCAAAUCUCCAGGGAAACCAAACCAGCUGUGAACACAGGGUCACCAGCAGCUCCAGCAGAGAGCUCUUGGUUGGGGAUAUAA